AUGCACCUGCGGCAGCCGCUCACCCCUUCUCCAACCAGAGAGCAUGAGGGCAGAGGCACGGUUCCUCUGAGUGCCAGGGGCCGAGGCCAAAGUCAGGGCAAGAGAGAUGCAGAUGAUACCACUGUCAAGUUCACAGCUCAGCAGAGGUGUGGAGGCGGGCCUGCAAAGCGGAUGGCUGCCCAGCCUUCCAAAUCCGGCCACCCAGCCAUCACCCGCACCCGUGUCUUCUUGGCCUGGGACAGCAAGCACAAGCGUGAACAGAGACCCGAAGCAACUACCCGCCACCCGCCAUGCAGCCCGGGAGAGUCACGUAGAGGAGGUGCCUGGUCUUACAACCGUUCCAGGUGUGACUUCACCCUCAGCCACGAGCUCUGUUCCAAACCAGUCCAGGUGUACGCCAAGCCCAGGGAUGAGGCCAGGUCCCCGGAGGCCAUGCUGGACCCGCCCAUGGCCUCUUGCUCUUCCCGGGCUGGGACGCUGGCAUCCGCCACAGUGACCAUCACGAUCGAGUGA